GCUGGGGCAGGCGUUGGUCUCCGCUCUUCGGCUCCGCAGCGGCCGCAAUCGAUCCUGCGACGGGUCUACGCGCGCUUCUGCGCGCCCCCGACGGAUUUUUCCCGUUCCGGCUCUUCCCCCUUCACCUCCCCGCCCCCCUGCUUCUGCCUUUCCCGCCGCUCCGCCGCGGAGCCCGGGGGCCAGCCGGCGGCCGUGACCCCGCCCGAAACCCCUCUGGAGCCGCCCGGGGACAGUUCCCCUCUCCUUUCUUCAGCCUCGCCCGGGUGGCCCGAGCGCAGCCCGGCAGCGCCGGGGAGCGCAGCCGGGAGGGGCGUCCGAGGGGCGUCUCGGGGCUGCGAGCAGCCGGGCCCCCGCGGGCUGCAGUCGGGAGUGGGGGGGGGGGGCGCCGGAGCGGCGAGGCCCCCUCGCCGGGCUGCACGGGCCGCCGGGCCCCCAGGCUGAGAGGGGGCCGGAGCGGCGCCCCCGCCGCCCGCGCGGGGUCUCCCCCAUGGUGCAGCGGGGGUCGGGAUGUCGAAGACGCUGAAGAAGAAGAAGCACUGGCUCAGCAAGGUGCAGGAGUGCGCGGUGUCCUGGGCCGGGCCCCCGGGCGACUUGGGCGCUGAGAUCCGGGGCGGCGCGGAGCGCGGCGAGUUCCCCUACCUGGGGCGGCUCCGGGAAGAGCCCGGCGGGGGCACCUGCUGCGUCGUCUCGGGCAAGGCGCCCAGCCCAGGGGAUGUGCUGCUGGAGGUGAACGGGACGCCUGUCAGCGGGCUCACCAACCGGGACACCCUGGCUGUCAUCCGCCACUUCCGAGAGCCCAUCCGUCUCAAGACUGUGAAGCCGGGUAAAGUCAUUAAUAAAGAUUUGCGACAUUACCUGAGUCUUCAGUUUCAGAAAGGAUCCAUUGACCACAAAUUGCAGCAAGUGAUCAGAGAUAAUCUCUACUUGAGAACCAUUCCAUGCACUACGAGGGCCCCCAGGGACGGGGAAGUACCAGGGGUGGACUAUAAUUUCAUUUCUGUUGAACAGUUCAAAGCACUGGAAGAGAGUGGAGCGUUAUUAGAAAGUGGAACGUAUGAUGGAAACUUCUAUGGAACUCCCAAGCCUCCAGCAGAACCCAGCCCUUUCCAGCCAGAUCCAGUGGAUCAGGUCCUGUUUGAUAAUGAGUUUGACACAGAAUCCCAAAGAAAGCGAACCACAUCUGUCAGCAAGAUGGAGCGAAUGGACAGCUCUCUUCCGGAAGAGGAAGAAGAUGAGGACAAGGAGGCUGUUAACGGCAGUGGAAAUGCGGAAAACAGAGAGAGGCAUUCUGAGUCCUCUGACUGGAUGAAGACUGUCCCGAGUUACAACCAAACAAAUAGCUCCAUGGACUUCAGAAAUUAUAUGAUGAGAGACGAGAACCUGGAACCUCUACCCAAAAACUGGGAAAUGGCCUACACCGACACGGGGAUGAUCUACUUCAUUGACCACAAUACCAAGACAACCACCUGGUUGGAUCCUCGUCUUUGUAAGAAAGCCAAAGCCCCUGAAGACUGUGAAGACGGAGAACUUCCUUAUGGCUGGGAGAAAAUCGAGGACCCUCAGUAUGGGACAUACUACGUCGAUCACCUUAACCAGAAAACCCAGUUUGAAAAUCCAGUGGAAGAAGCUAAAAGGAAAAAGCAGUUAGGACUGGCUGAUCCUGGGUCUUCAAAACCAGAUAUAGAAAAAUCCCACUUCACUCGAGAUCCAUCACAGCUGAAAGGCAUCCUUAUUCGAGCAUCAUUGAAGAAAAGCACAAUGGGAUUUGGCUUUACCAUUAUUGGUGGAGACAGGCCUGAUGAGUUCCUACAAGUGAAAAAUGUACUGAAAGAUGGUCCUGCAGCUCAAGACGGCAAAAUUGCACCAGGUGAUGUUAUUGUGGACAUCAAUGGCAACUGUGUCCUCGGUCACACCCAUGCAGACGUUGUCCAGAUGUUCCAGUUGGUGCCUGUCAGUCAGUAUGUAAGCCUCACUCUGUGUCGUGGCUAUCCACUCCCUGAUGACCAUGAAGAUCCUGUUGUGGACAUCGUUGCUGCUACGCCUGUCAUCAAUGGACAGUCACUGACCAAGGGAGAGACUGGCGUGAGCACUCAGGACUGUAAGUCAGGAGCAGUGGCUCUGGACCAGAAUGGAAAACCGGGACACGCCUUGAUCAGUGACCGUCUCAAUGGACCGUCAGAUCCGAGUGAGCAGAGAGCAUCGAUGGCAUCAUCGGGCAGCUCCCAGCCGGAACUAGUGACUAUCCCUCUGAUUAAGGGCCCUAAAGGCUUUGGGUUUGCAAUUGCUGACAGCCCAACGGGACAGAAGGUCAAAAUGAUAUUGGAUAGUCAGUGGUGUCAAGGCCUACAGAAGGGGGAUAUAAUUAAGGAGAUUUACCAUCAAAAUGUGCAGAAUCUAACACAUCUCCAAGUGGUAGAGGUGCUAAAGCAGUUUCCAGUAGGUGCAGACGUACCAUUGCUUAUCUUAAGAGGAGGUCCUCCUUCACCAACUAAAACUGCCAAAAUGAAAACAGAUAAGAAGGAGAAUUCAGGAAGUUUGGAGGCCAUAAAUGAGCCCAUUCCCCAGCCUAUGCCUUUUCCACCCAGCAUUAUCAGGUCAGGAUCCCCGAAAUUGGAUCCUUCUGAGGUCUACCUGAAAUCUAAGACCUUAUAUGAAGAUAAACCACCAAACACCAAAGACUUGGAUGUUUUUCUUCGGAAGCAGGAGUCCGGGUUUGGCUUCCGGGUACUGGGAGGAGAAGGGCCAGACCAGUCUAUAUACAUUGGGGCCAUCAUUCCUCUGGGCGCAGCUGAGAAAGACGGCAGGCUCCGUGCAGCCGAUGAGCUGAUGUGCAUUGAUGGGAUUCCUGUGAAAGGGAAGUCACACAAACAAGUCUUGGACCUCAUGACAACAGCUGCUCGAAAUGGCCACGUGCUAUUAACUGUCCGAAGAAAGAUCUUCUGUGGUGAGAAACAACCUGAGGACGACAGCUCGCAAGCCUUCCUUUCAGCACAGAACGGCUCUCCCCGCCUGACCCGAGCAGAGGCCCCAGCCAGGCCGGCCCCACAGGAGGCCUAUGAUGUGGUCUUGCACCGAAAGGAGAAUGAAGGAUUUGGCUUCGUCAUCCUCACCUCCAAAAGCAAGCCGCCUCCAGGAGUAAUUCCUCAUAAAAUUGGCCGAGUCAUAGAAGGAAGUCCAGCCGACCGCUGUGGAAAACUGAAAAUUGGAGAUCACAUCUCCGCGGUGAACGGGCAGUCCAUUGUCGAACUAUCUCACGAUAACAUCGUGCAGCUGAUCAAAGAUGCCGGUGUCACUGUCACACUAACAGUCGUUGCUGAGGAAGAGCAUCAUGGUCCGCCGUCAGGAACGAACUCAGCCAGGCAGAGCCCAGCCCCGCAGCACAGACCCAUGGGACAGUCACAGGCCAACCACAUACCUGGGGACAGGAGUGUUCUAGAAGGUGACACUGGGAAAGAUGUCUCCACUUCUUACAGACACUCGUGGUCUGACCACAAGCACCUCGCCCAGCCUGACACCGCCAUGAUUUCGGUUGUAGGCGGCCGGCACAAUCAGAGCCUCGGCUGUUACCCGGUGGAGCUGGAGCGAGGGCCCCGGGGCUUCGGCUUCAGCCUCCGCGGGGGGAAGGAGUACAGCAUGGGGCUGUUCAUCCUGCGCCUGGCCGAGGAGGGCCCCGCCAUCAAAGACGGCAGGAUCCACGUCGGCGACCAGAUCGUUGAAAUCAAUGGGGAACCUACCCAAGGCAUCACGCACACUCGAGCAAUUGAGCUCAUUCAGGCUGGUGGGAAUAAAGUUCUUCUGCUUUUGAGGCCUGGGACUGGCCUGAUACCUGACCACGGUGAUUGGGAUAUUAAUAAUAAUCCUUCAUCUUCAAAUGUGAUUUAUGAUGAGCAGUCACCAUUUCCCCCAGCUUCACAUUCUGCUUCCAUAUCCGAGGAACCCCCCCUGCCAAUAACUGAAGAAUCUCUAAUGAGAGUUCAGAUGGGUGAAAAGACAGAGGAAUUAAAGGGCGGUGUGCCUGAAAAGAAAAGCACUUUAAACAAAAAUCAGCCUGAUAAAAAGCACUCUCUUCUCCAGAAAAAUGUGAAUAGAAGGGAUCCCCCCGGCAGUCAUGGGCACGGUGACAGGAAAACUCUCUUAAAAGUAGAAAACGGCAUUCCACAAAGAGGUCGAUCUGCUAGUCCCAGGAAGCCAGCCGGCCGCUGCGCCGGAGAGCGGUCAGAGGAGAUUCCCGGGCCUCCCACGACCGACCCCAGGAGGAGACCCCGAGAUCGAUCCCUGAGCCCCAGGAAAGGGGACAGUAAAAGUGGUCAGCUUGGCCCCAGGGCAGGUUCUGGACAAGAUCACUGCGGAAAAAGCAGAGGACGAUCGUCAAGCCCAAAGAAGCAGCCAAAGACUGAAGGAAGCAAAGGCCGAUCAAACGCUGAAGCUGGAGGAUUAGCGUCUGAGAGUCAGAGAGGAGGGGGCCGCGCCAGGGACAGGGCUGCGCAGAUGGCCGCCGGCGGGGAACAGUCCGGUGCUGCCCGGAAGGACACAAAGCAGAGCCAGUCUGGGAAAAAUAGAACAAGGUCUCCAGAGAAAAGAAGCAAGAGAAUGGAUGAAAAGUCUCUUCCGCCCCAAAAGACUGGGGACGCCGCUGGUAGGCCAGUGUCGGAGCAGGAAGCAGGAGGGCAGGCCAGCUCGGGAGAGACCAGUUCUGGCAAAGAGAAGACAGGAGAAAGUGUCAAAACAUCAGAAAAGAAGCUGAAGCAGGCGCCCGAAGACAGGAUGGUUCUAAACAAACUGGAGGAGCCCCGAGGACAAGAACAAGGGGCCGCCGCCAAGAGCAGGGAGGGCGGAGGGUGCCACCCUGAGAGUGCAUCUUCCGCCAGGAAACCACCCAUCACCCCAGGGCCGUGGAAGGUGCCAAGUGCACAGAAAGCCACAGGCACUGCUGGUGUGGCCGACAAACGGCUUUGACCUUUGGCAUAAAGAAAAACAAGUCCUAAUCUUUACUGACUAGAAAGCACCAUUUUUCAAAAACAAAACAAAAAAGUCAUUUUUUUCAGAAAUCCUGAAACACAUUUUGAUUUGAGCAUCAAGGCACCCAGGCUACAUGCAGGGCCCUCAGGAUUGCUAAGAACCCACCUCUGUCCCCCGGCUGGCUGCCCUCCCCUGCUCGGGGGCCCAGCCCGUCGUCGUGAGUGUCCCAGCAAGUGACCCCCGCUGAGGUGCCCACGGUGUGGUCACAACUCCCUUUAUAUCCGUGCCAAGUUAUCUUCUGUAUCAUGUCUGUUGUGUCUGUCUCCCUCAGAUAAUUCCAGUCAUGAAAAAACUAGGUUUGGCUUGGAAGUCGAUAUUCUCAAUAGCAUGCUGCAUGUUUAUAGAGAGAUAGAUUUGAGUCCUUGCAGAAGGGGUCAUUAGCUCACCAUGAAAGAUGGCCGUUGCCCCUUCUUGGCCUGGGCCCGGUUUAAAAAAUGAAACUUCAAAACAUCACUACUGAAAAGGAAAACAAGCUGUAGUCAAAUACCGACACUUUCUUCCAGCUUUUAAUCCGGCUGGAUAAGGUAUUCCGAGUAACUUUAAAGACACCACUUACAGCUGAAUGUUCAAAAUGAAACCAUCCUUUCCUCAGUGGAGAGGUCACCUGCUGCUGUGUCAGCCGGCCCUGACGCGGUCUUAGCGUCUCAGGUUGCCCCUUUCCUUCACUUAUGUCAUUACGAAACCAGAAAGCAGCCUGUGGAAAUCGUGCUCACGGCUGUUCAGAGAAAGCUACCCAUUUCUGUUUCUGGAUAUUUAGGUUGGACCUACUACUAAUUUAUUCAUUUAGCUGGAGAGUCCAGACCCCAGACAGACAGACUGUGAGGGACUCCGUCCUGGAACAGUUUGGCAGUCCAUUGGCCAGAUCAGGAGCAGCUCAUUCUGGUAGCAGCCCUACAAGUUCAGGGGCUUAGAGGCAGAACCUCCGUAAGCUCUGUUCGGCAAAACGACAGACAUGGCGGUAGACAGAACUUGCUAGAUCUUAUUUUAAUUUCUAGCAACAUUAACUUAUUGAAGAAAUGAGCAAGGGAGAUUAAACAUUUGCUUAGCCUGUACACAUUUUCGGAGUUCUUCUUAAAGGCCUAGUGAAAGCUGUCUGUCAGGAGGUGGAGACCAUGCUGAACUCCGUAAGACACACCCAGGUUUUCAGUCCCCUGAAGCAGCAUUCAGUAGCGACUAUAAAUAAAGGAACAAUCUCAGAACAAAACCAUUUUAUGGAGUAUUUGAACACCCCUGUUCUGUCACCUGGGUUCAUCUUGUUAUUGUGUCCUUCCUUCUCAGAGUUCGACUGUGAAAGUCUUUAAUGAAAAACAAUCUGCCCCUGUAGCUAAGACGUGCUUCCCAGAGUGAGAUUUUUGAAAUCCCCUUUCAUCCAGAACUAUAUUUACCCACCUGUUGUAACUACUUGAAUAGAGGAAAAUUAGGCGGCUUGAUAAAUGCUAAGAAUUUAGUACCACAGAAAUGAUUUAUUUUCCCGAUAGUCCACAAUUAGUGAUAAAGAUCCUAUUUUUAUUGUUAACUGUGACAUAACUUUGAUGUUGUCAGUCUGACGUGGCUCUUUUCUUUCUAAGUAACCUGUCACUGUACUUAUACUGACUUAGCAAUGUGGCCUUGGAAUGCUAAGCAAAUACGGAUGUACUGGUUGUAAAUGUUUAUAUACUGUACAGUACCUUUAUAUAUACACUUGAGGUUCUGAUUAGAGACAGAGAUCUGUAAAUCGCUCGUUAUUUUUUAUAUAGAUAUUAAAAAAACAAAACCAAAAAACUGUUUAUGGCCUGCAUUUAUUUUGCUGCCGGGUU